CCAGGACUCUGGGAUUGUGACCUGAAUGGAGGGCAGACGCUUAACCAACUGAGCCACCUGGGUGCCCCGUCAUGAAGCUUUUUAAGUAGGCUAAGCUGUGAGAGUCAGAGUGAUAAAGGAGGAGAGGGCCAUCACUCACCUGGGAGACAGGAGACCCAUGUAGUAGUUGGAGUUUUGUCAUCAUCCACUGGUAUGCCUUGGUCUCUCGGAGCCUGAAUUUCUGCAGAUAAAAAAAUGAGGAAAGGUAGGUUAGAAAAUUUCCUGGUGCUGACAUUCUUUAGUGUUAGAACAAGAGUCAUGUUUUUUCAGGGGUGGUAGAAAGGACAGUUUGUUCUUUUGGACAUCCUGGACACCAGCUUCCACUGCAGGCCUUGACUAGGCAAAGCCCAGAGUGCAGGGUCAGCACUGACCCCACCCAGGGCCCCGGGCUUGGUGUGAGAGGUGCUGGAAGGCCCGGGACUAUUCUCUGGGGCCCUGUACUUCAUGCAUCGGUUGGCCUUGGGGUUCACACAGGAUGUUUCGCUCACAGGGCUGAGCAGGCCCUGAUAGAGCGACUCUCAAAUGGGGGUAGGGUGUGUUCCCCUUAUCCCCACCGACCAAAACAGGACUGAGGGGCAGCUGGGGUCUGUCCCAGGUGGAGCUGGUGCAGCCCCACCCCCACCAGGCUGGCCCUCUGCCCCCUGGUCCACCUCGUGAUGGUGGCCCACAGCUUCUCACAAGUUCUUGGACAUCCACUGCCUCUCAGGUGAGACACACGUUUACCUUUGGCUGCUUCUCCUCUGUCUGUCUUGGCUGAGGUUGGGCCCAUGCCCCUAAGGGGAUCCUAGAGGGGUUUGUUCUUGGGAGAGGAAGCUGGAGCUCUGGAGUGUGAACAGUCUUGAGGAGGAAGGACAGCCCCGUGUCUCUGGGGCCCAGCAAGUGAGGGGAGUGGAGUUUUGCUGCCUGAUGCAAUGUCUGGCAGAGCCCGUCCCUUAUCAGAGCUCCGUUCCCAGCAGACUCUGGGACCCCACCUUCCUUCAGGGGAGGCAGGGGCAGGCUGGGAGGCAUCCAAGUAGAAAACUGUUGUCUAGUGGGGGUCCCUUGUGGCGCAGGGGGGAGGCCUGGCCAGAAAGGCCCCCAAGGGGAGAGGAGGGUAGGAAGUUUGGUGCGUAGAGUUGGGGCCUUAGCCCAGCCUACUCUCUUUUUCUUCCUUCUCAAAGAUUUGUCUGGAAUACCCCUGGGGCUUUUCUGCCCUCCUCCCAUUAUUAGAGCAUCGCUGUAGGGGCUUGAACUGAAAGCCCCAGGGCUUGGUUUCUUCAUCCUCAAAAUGACAUUCUGGAUUGAUAGUGAUAAUUCAAGAGACCCAAAGUUUGAAACCCCAAGUGUGAAGUUUUGCCCAUGGCACACACUUCUAGUUACUUGCCUGCAGUACACACUCGGGGUGUAUACUUGGAGCACACACCCGUAAGCACACACGUGGUUUAUUCAUCUAGGGAACAGCUGCUGUUCCUUCUUCCUGUGUCCUACCAACUUAGAAGGAGUGAGCAUCUCCCGCCCGGGCCAGAUGCUUUGGAAAAGGCAUGAGUGCGUUCAUCCGACAAGCAUUCUCGAACACCUGCUCUAUGCCCCAUGCAGACAGAGCUGAGCACGGGGAUUCUGGGCACAGAAUACAGGGGUGGAACAGAUGGACGAAGCUCUCCUGUCACGGAAGCUACGUGCCAUUGGUUGAAUUUGGCAAGAAACCAGUACAUUUCUGUCCAGGAAGGAAAUGAAGCAAUCUGCUGAGGAGGGAAGUGUUGGGGGAGGGGAGAUGGUCCCUGGGAGGUUGGUGGUCGGGAGGGCUCCAGGGAAGGGCUCCAGAGAUGAGCACUGGGGAUGACUGGACCAAGGGCAGCUAGCUGUCCCACCCUCUGCGGCCUCCUGGCAGAGCUGCGCUGGCCCGUGCUUCUGGCCUUCUUCCCCAUUGACCCUGGUGCCCUGGAAAUGGGACCUCGGCUGGCAUCCCACCUUUUCCUUUGGCUGUCACUCCACUUCCUGGGUAUCAGGGGAGGAAAGGUAUUGAGUACUCCACUGGCAGGGGGCAUCUGCCGAGAGAAGCACAAAUGUUUCAUUCUCCCCAUGAGCAAAGGAAGAGUGCACCCUGCGUUUUGGGAGGGAGCAUCACAGAGGUUUGACUAGCCUUGACAGAAGUCAUAGACCCACUUCUUAGAGAGGGCCUCUGCUGGGAGCUUUGCCAGGUGACUCCCAUCUUGGCCCCAUCUUCCUCCCUGGUGACUCUGUGACCUCCUGGCCCUUGUGGCCCUCUCCCAGCUCCUGGGUCGGAGGACCUCCCACAUUGCCCCUGGGACCUCUAAACCUCCCUCACCUGCCUGUCCACCGUCCACUGGGCCUCUGGAGCUAAGGCUAAGGGCAGCCUGCUGGGCCAGGGCGAAGGAACCAGCAGCCUGCCUUGUGUUUCCUGUCAAGAGUUUUUACCAUUGCUUCUUCCUUUUAGGGCAAUGCUGGGAAGGUUCUCAGGAACCCUGUAUUAUUCAGGGGGGUGAGGGGACUGGGAUGGCAACUCAAAAAUAGAAACAGUGCUUGCAGAGGAGGGGAGGAGAAGGUGCGGGAACUUUUCAUCAUCGAGGCAGCUGAACUUCUGAUCUUACCAAAGACCCAGAAGAGGGAGGACAGUGAGAGCAACUCCCCCCACCCACCCCUGCCUUUUCUCCCCUCGUUUCUCCCCUAUCGUAUUUAAUGAGCACUUACCGUGCCCCAGAUACUAUUCUUCAUGGCAACCUUAUGUACAGGUUUUCCAUGCUACAGGUAAACUGAGGCCCAGAAAAGUUAAGUCACUCCUACAAGGCUACACAGCAUGGUAGACACACAGAAAGGACUAGAACCCAGGACUCCGGGUCCCAGCUCCUUUCGCUUCCCCUCACAUCAUCAGAUACAGGCAACUCUCCAGUCAAGAGAUGAGAGGGCAGGAAGUCAGGAUUUUAAUCCCGUUUGCUCUGCAGACUCAGCAUUGAGUCUCACCCUUCCAGAGAGAUGGAUGGCCUCAUACCCCAUGGGGUGUUCCGCAAAUUCAUGCUGACAGCCUGCCAGGCACUGAGCCAGGCAUCAGCUUUGACAGGUUUGCUCACCUGUGUUUUGUUGGGCAGCUGGCAUAUGCUGGGUGCCGUUCUAGAUGCUGGUCCCUGCUUCCUGGAGCUCGGAUUCUGGGAAGGGAGGACAGGCAGGCAGACCAUCAGCUGGAAAGCCCAACCAUAUAUGCUAUAGUGGGGGUGAUUGGGGAGCACUGGGAGGCUCAGAUGACCUGGGUCUCGGAGGGACGAUGAGGACUCCUGUUGGGGGAACCUUGGACAGUUACUUAACCCGUCAGCCUGUUUCCUCAUCUGUAAAAUGGGAUAACUGCUCCCUAACCAGACUCUGUAAGGGUUGGAGGAGAAAAUGCAAAUCAAGCGCUUAGCAUGGCACGUGGCCCAGAGCAGUAAGCACUCAAUGAAUCUCAGCCACCCAGAUCAUUCCAGUUGGCCCUUCCAUCCCGAGUGUCAGCUCCAUGAGGCCAGAGACCAGCUGUGCUUGCUGGCUACUGUAUCCCCAGUACCUAGACCAGAGGCUGGCACAGAGUGGGUGCUUACGGAGUCGUUGUUUAAUGAAUAUGUGGGGAAAGGCCCAGAAGGAUUAGGAAGGGGCAGGAAUAUUCUAGUUGCCCUGGAGCUGUCUCUGCAAGUCCUUCUCCCUCCCCCUUAGCCCCUCCUCAGUCACCCACACUCAGGAAGCCUCACCACCCCUCUGCCCUGCACAGCUGGGGCACACCACUCUGCUGCCAGCUUCCACAUCUGCCUUCUGGUAUUGCAGAGCCCCUGGCCCACUGCUUUCCCCAAAGGACAGAUGCGCUGGCUGUCCUUCUAGUCACUUCCAUUGUGUGACGAAGGUGUGACCCCAGCACCUACCUUCCUGCCCUCUUACUCUCUCGUCCACGGCAGCUGCUUCCUGUGGGGAAAUCUUUUCCAGAAGAGAGCUGAUCCUGGAUGCACUGACCAGGUCACAAGCCUUCCCCACACUUGGAGCAAAGAGUAUCCCAUGAAUGACCGUCCUCAUGGAGAACGCAUAGACUUUUGGAUGGAGUUGGAGGGGGCGAUGUUGUGCUGGAAUCUGGGGUUCAUGAUGCUGGACAGGUGUGUGUGAUGGAGCAGAUGCGUGCAAGAAACGGGCUCCUCGGGGAAUGCUGUAUUUAUUUGCUCAGCUAUUAAAAAUAUAUCUAUCUUCCGGUGAGGGUCAUCUAUUCCUUUAUUCCUUCUGUUGUUCGGCAGCCGUGCUCGGGUGUCUCCUGUGUGCCUGGCCCAGUGCUAAAGGAUAAUGAGGGGCCUGAACAAAACCCCUUUAUGCCACAAAAUGAUGAUCAGCGGUGAACAGAUCUUACAAGUCGGCUCACCUUAUGACAGUCUCGGGUGCUAAUGGGAGUCUGCAUGGUGGUGGGACCGGGGGACCCCUAACCUAGGACGAGGGUGUCGCCCACCUGAAGACGGCAAGCCAGAUCCUGAGUGAUGCUGCUGAGCUGACAGCCCACGGCCCCACCGUUCCCCAUGGAGAAAGGACUCGCUUUACCCCAGGACUGCUGGGACUUUCUGCACAGCCUGAGGAUGAGGAGCAAAUAUGCCCUUUUCCUGGCUUUUGUGGUGGUGGUUUUUGUCUUCAUUGAAAAGGAAAAUAAAAUCAUAUCAAGGGUGUCAGACAAGCUGAAGCAGAUCCCGCAACCCCUGGCUGAUGCCAACAGCACCGACCCAGCCCUCAUCUUGGCCGACAAUGCGUCCCUCUUGUCCCUAAGUGAGCUCGAUUCGGCCUUCACCCAGCUGCAGGGCCGCCUGCGAAACCUCAGUCUGCAACUGGGUGUAGAGCCGGUGGGGGAAGAGGCCGGGGCAGAGGCUGAGGUUGCAGCUGGGGACGAGGGGCCACCGCCACCCCCCGGGGCCGGGCCGCGGCGCCACGUGCUGCUUAUGGCCACCACGCGCACCGGCUCCUCAUUCGUGGGCGAGUUCUUCAACCAGCAGGGCAACAUCUUCUACCUCUUCGAGCCGCUGUGGCACAUCGAGCGCACGGUGUCCUUCGAGUCGGGAGGCGCCAGCGCCGCGGGCUCGGCCCUGGUCUACCGCGACGUGCUCAAGCAGCUGUUCCUGUGCGACCUGUACGUGCUGGAGCACUUCAUCAGCCCGCUGCCCGAGGACCACCUGACCCAGUUCAUGUUCCGCCGCGGCUCCAGCCGCUCGCUGUGCGAGGACCCCGUGUGCACGCCCUUUGUCAAGAAGGUCUUCGAGAAGUACCACUGCAAGAACCGCCGCUGCGGGCCCCUCAACGUGACGCUGGCCGCCGAAGCCUGCCGCCGCAAGGAGCACAUGGCCCUCAAGGCCGUGCGCAUCCGGCAGCUGGAGUUCCUGCAGCCGCUGGCCGAGGACCCGCGGCUGGACCUGCGCGUCAUCCAGCUGGUGCGGGACCCGCGCGCCGUGCUGGCCUCGCGCAUGGUGGCCUUCGCGGGCAAGUACGAGGGCUGGAAGAAGUGGCUGGUCGAGGGGCAGGCGCGCCUGGGGGAGGAGGAGGUGCAGCGGCUCCGGGGCAACUGCGAGAGCAUCCGGCUGUCGGCGGAGCUGGGGCUGCGGCAGCCCGCCUGGCUGCGCGGCCGCUACAUGCUCGUGCGCUACGAGGACGUGGCGCGUUGGCCGCUGCAGAAGGCGCGCGAGAUGUACCGCUUCGCCGGCAUCCCCCUGACGCCGCAGGUGGAGGACUGGAUCCAGAGGAACACGCAGGCGGCGCAGGAUGGCAACGGCAUCUACUCCACGCAGAAGAACUCCUCGGAGCAGUUCGAGAAGUGGCGCUUCGGCAUGCCCUUCAAGCUGGCGCAGGUGGUGCAGGCCGCCUGCGGCCCCGCCAUGCGCCUCUUCGGCUACCGGCUGGCGCGGGACGCCGCCUCGCUCACCAACCGCUCCGUCAGCUUGCUCGAGGAGCGCGGAACCUUCUGGGUCACGUAGGCGGCCCCGGGCCCGCGCACGCGCACUCCCCUCCUUGGGAAAGACCCGCCCUUGCCUGCCUUGUCCCCAGGACAGCCGGCGGUGAGCUGGUGGCUCCGGUGGAGGGCGGCCAGGCCGGUGAGCGGCCUCCAGCGGGGCAGGCAGCCUUUCUGGAGCAGUAGUCUCCCCCCAUGCCGCAGCCUGGGGCCUGGGGUCUCUCACCGAGAGCGGGACAGUGCCUGUCCCCCAGGGCCGCCAGGCCAGGACCUAAGGAGCUGCGGUCUCCUGAGUAGGCAUCCAGGCCCGGAGCUAUUGACAACAAGCCUUUCUCUGUCUCUUGUCUCUCUCUCUCUCACACCACAAUAUAAGAACAUGCAUAAAUGCCUACAGACCCUGUGGGCCAGAGUCCGGGUGUUGAUCUGGAAGGGGCUGGGAGCACAGACAAGUCAACAGCAGCCCUCCCGUUGUACUCAGCCUUCAUCAUUCAGUUUCUGGAUUUCUACACCAUCCGGUGUGGAAUCCUCAUGGAUCCCUGGGGAGGGACUGGAACAGCCCAGAAUGUCAGGGGAUGGCAGUUGGGGCUUUUCAACCAAGAACGGUUCGAUAUUUUCACAAAUGGAAGAGCUGUGCCGGUUAUGAAGUCAGCCCUACAAGGAACUAUAAAACACACACAUGUGUAAAAAUAAGGCCUCUAUGUAUACCACACAUAGACCCAAACAACAUAGAAAUCCAAAUCCACACACACAUACACAGGCAAGCUGCCCUGUUGCUUUAUUCCCACAGAAUUUAACUAUCACGCCCCUAAUGGGGAGCCUUUCAUUACAUUUUUAGAAUUAGCUGGGGAUGGGGAAGGAAACACAGUCAUGGGCCAUGACCCUGCUCCUGACAAGGUUUGAACUGAAAGGUAGACCCAGAAGGGCUGAGUCUGCGGCCUCUGCCCACCUUGGUUUCCCCUGGCUAUCUCCUCUGGCCCAUUCAUGUCCUCCCUGCUGGCAGGCAGGAUGUUUUGAAAUGGGGUGGCCAGCUCUCACAUGACUGCAGCCCUAAUACCCUGUCCCAGCUGGGCUGGCUCCCUGAGAGCAUGAUCCUGUGUGAAGGCUGCCCCAGGCCUGACUGGAGGGAAAAGGCAGCUGGCAAGUCCUGCCAUUUUCUGCCAGGCCUCAUGUGAGGCAGGGCCCAGAAGAGAGUACAGAGAGCUCUUGGGGGAGAAGUCAUAUCAGGAUACCCCCCUCCCCUGGGAAGACAAGGGUACAGAGGUCAGCCUUGUGGUUGGUCACCGUGGUUACAUGGUUAGUGUCUGGAAUUCCAACUUUCAGGGCUCUGGGAAGAGGGUUGCUCAACUUGGGAUAGGCUGGGUGUUCUACUUGUUGGUUUUUUUUUUUUUUUAAGUUAUUUAUAGUUUCAUAUCUUGUUUUGCGGCUGUGUUUUUUUAUUUUCUUAUUGCAGGAGUGCAGCUUCGAAGCAAUCUUGGCAUGAGGGUGCUGGGAGGACGAGCAGGGAGCACUCUGGCUCCUGCUGGAGGGAGAGGAGGAGGAGGAGGAAGGAUCAGAGCCUAGGCAGCCACAUGGCAGCCUACAGUGCCCCACGGGCUUUUCUGUUUGAGCCUUAUGUGAAAUGAGUCUUAGAAGCCACCUGGGUUCUUUGCUGUGUGUCGAGAAGCGACAUAAAUUAGCUCUCGCCCUUUCCCAAGACAAGGCCAGAUUGGAACAUCUCAAUGUCCAAAUGAAUUUCCUUGAGGUGGAGGGGGUCAGGGGCCUGUGGCCAAGCAGCAAAUGUCCCCACACUGGGGAGCAGAACUCAGUCUCCUUGAAGAGCUGCAGAGUUCACUAGGGCUGUUUCUGAUUUCCUGGACAACUCCUCUGUCAGAUCUGUCCUGUUGUCAAACCCAGAGGGCUGAAUUUCAGUCUGAGUAAUUUGGACACAAGGGAAACAGGAUCUGAGUCCAGCUGGUGCUGCCAUGGGGAUUGUGUCCUGGCCAGAAGCUGCCGUUUGAGACGCUGAGGACCGUAGCCAUUUUGUGGGGUCUGUGCCCAUUACCACAUUGGAGCUGCUGGGUCUCCAUCACCGUGGACUACAGUCAUUCAAGGAUGUCUCCAGUCUUGGCUUUCCAGUCCCAGAAUAAGUGGUGCAGGGGCUCGAAUUUGGGGUCCAAAGGGAUUCCACCCUGAAAACUUGACUCUGGGGCAGAGUGAGACCCAAGAGCCUUCUGGUGAGCCCAGAAGUGCUGGCUUUUCCUCCCCCUACCCUACUGCGUCCCACCUGUGGUUGGUGGGGCUGGGGCAGGGCUGGGGGCAGGCACCUCCCUCUGGGGCUCUUCUUGCCCCCUGACCCCCGCCCUGGUGUGGACAGCAGACUUCUUCCUUCCUGUGCCUCAAGCCAAGGUCUCCACCCCGGAGCCCUGAGGACAGUGCCAAGAAUGGACCUUUGGGACUUCUCAGGACAUUGACAAUUUGUACACUACGAGUUGACUUUAUUUAUUUAUUUUGUGACAAAGAAGAGACAUAAAAUACCUUAUUUGCAGGGACUCAAAGCUGUACCCAAAUCAAGAAAGACGAGAAACCGUAAUAGAAACUAUUGACUCGUGCCAUACUCGGAGUACACUCCAAGAAGACGAUUCAAAAUACAAGAGAAGAGCAAAGCCCAAGGGCCGGGGGUGUUGGACUGUCCUUGGGGCAUUGUUUAAGGAGGUACCUUGUUUUUUUCUUGUAGUUUUGAUGAUGCGACUUUGAAGGCCCUUUCUGCUGUAUUUCCCUUUGCCCUGGUGUCUGAAACAGGACACAACUCGAGAGAGUGCUCAACAGCGCCCUGGGAACCCUCGGGGUUUGAGGAAGGACAGGGUGGGGUGACUACUGACUUUACACUCUGGGGGACCUGGUUCAGGUAUGCAUUUGGGGUUUUCAGCAGGCAGCUGGGACGAGGAUGGUGACCCAUUUGGGGCAAGUGUCUCCCCUGUCGCCUAGGCCAGCCCAGGCGUCUCUGCUCCUGCCAGCUCUAGUGUCCCCCUCCCCACCCCCUGCACCAUGUCCACCUGCAUUCAGAUGGAGGGAGCAGCUGAGGCCUCACCUUUGGGGCUGCCAGCUUCUCCAGAACAAGAGUCCCAUUCAGGAAUGAGUGCUUACUCAUUUUCUUUUUCCUGAUGAAGACCUCUUUAGCCUGGCCUGUAUAAAUAGUUCAGAACAUUCCAGGCCUUAGUGAGACAGGGCAGUGUCUUAACACCCACAGGCUUGUUACCGCAGCUGCCUAUUCCUGGCUUCUCCUCUGGCCUUGUUGGUAAACGCUGGAGGGGAUAAAGGCGCCAGAUUGGGGGCAGGGGUCUUUGGGAGCAGGGUUCCUGAGUCCCCACAGAGAGGAAAAAAGAAGCAGAUUCUCAGCUCUGUGGCCCUCUCCCUCCCCACCCCACAUCACUGCACGUUAUCACCAAGUUCUUACUAAGGUUGAAGGACAUGAACGAAAUCAGCCUUUGGUCCCUUUAUAUGAUAUGUAUACUUGAAAAUAACUAAGUGAAUAGAAAGAAAUUUUAAUGAAGAUUGGCUCCCUGUCCGCCAGUAGCCUCAGCCUGGAAGCUUCUGCCAGGUGCUCGACUAAUGGGGCAGCUGCUGACAGGACCCCUGAGAGCAGAGGGCCCACCCAACCCAUUACAGUAGCGUCUCUUUCCACACCACCACUGUCCUGUCUGAUGAUGGAGCAAGUUCUAGCAGGAAGUCAGGGGAUCCCUGUCCCAGGAGAUGGGCCCUUGGCCUGGCGAGGUAAGCAUCAGAUGGUCUGGUCCUGCCCCCAAAGGUCUCUUCCAGCCCUGGUCCCAGAUUAGGCCCCGUUUUAAUUGACUGUAUGGCCUGCCCUUCACUAGGCCCCAGAUUAUGAAGGAGAGGACCAGAAGAGCAGAUGGCCGCGUCCCUGAGGCGGUCCCUUGCUCCUGUCCCCAAGGCUGAAAGCAAAGGCAGGUCCCGAAGGAAUGGCUAUCUGGGGCAGGAAGAAAGGAGGGUGGGCACAGGGAAAUGCAUCUGCAGAAGUCAAAUAAGGGUAAGUAGGGGUUGCCCAUCUGCACAAAGUAGAAGGAGCAUCCACUGAGCUCCAAGGGUCCCAGGUUGGUAGGUUUGCUAGUGGAGAUCGCCAGGCUGUGGUUCAGCUGGAUGAGAGGCAGAAGGCUUCCUGAACUUUUCCUGAAUGCAGCCACAUCCCCUCUCAGCUGCCCACAGUUUCGGGAAUCGUGGAAGCCGCCCUUAACCUCAAAAAGAGGAAGUAGUAUUGGCAAAUUCAGUCUUAAGAGCUGGGAGAUCCAGAUGCUUUGGUCUGGGGUCCUUUGUCAUUCCAUGACUGUGGCUGGGGGAUGAGUGAGGUGUGUGUUUCUGAGGAUAUGGACGCUGUGCCAUCCCCGUGGGCCCAGCUCACAAUGUACACCAAGUAUUUUAUUUGGGAAAAGACCCUGCUUCCUCUACCACUGGGCUUGAACUGGGCACCCCAGAAAUCUCCAUCUCAUCUGUUUCAGGCAAAGUUUGCCUGGCUCCUCUGCCCCCUGCUGGAUCCCACAAACUCAUUGCCAAGAUCUCGGCCCUGUGUCACGUUUCAUGGCCACGUGGUAUGGGACACUCCCUUUGUGGCCAUGUGUGUCCACAUGUAUGUAUGUGUACUGCCCGCUCUGCUCAACCACGUGGCCCCCAGCUCCAUCGCUGUCAUAUGUCCUUGCCAUGGCUGCCAUCUGCGGUCUCCUGGAAACACGGGGGCCACCGCCGGUCAGGGUCCGCUUUGUGGAACACAAUGUGAAUCAUCACUUGAUGGCUUACUUGACUUAUUUAAUUAAAAAUGAAAACGUGCAGUGAGCAAAAUCUGAAA